GUCCGCCUCCUUUCUUUUCGGUUUCCUCUGUGCUGGCCUUUUGUUUUUCUCCCAGCAUCUUUCUUCCUUUUUCCUCAUUGCUGUGUUUUCUUCAGUUUUGUGUCUCUUCUCAUCACUAUCAUUGCUCUGCUGGAGGAAUUGAACACAUUUUACGCCGAGUAUAAUUGAGUACCUCCGCGGAAUUCAUCUGUCAUCCCUUUUCAAAGAAAAAAAAAACACCCGAUACAUUCUCAUAAUGGCUCCCUCCAACUUGGAAAAAGAAGACCACCAGCGCGAUGCUGAGUUCGCCCGUGUCCUCCAUGGAAAGUCCGCUGGGGCUCAGGGUGGUUUCGCUGCUAUGCGCGGCAAGGACGCCGCUGCGCAGAAGGCUGCUGUUGAUGAGUACUUCAAGCACUGGGACAACAAGUCUGCUGAGGAGGAGACAGAGGAGACUCGCGCUGCCCGCCGAGCGGAGUAUGCGACUUUGACCAGACACUACUACAACCUUGCUACCGACUUUUACGAGUACGGAUGGGGAACCUCGUUCCAUUUCUGCCGAUUCGCCCGCGGCGAACCCUUCCUCCAAGCCAUUGCCCGUCACGAACACUACCUUGCUCACCGCAUGGAGAUUAAGGAUGGUAUGAAGGUUCUGGAUGUCGGCUGUGGUGUUGGUGGCCCGGCUCGUGAGAUUGUCAAGUUCACAGAUGCCAAUGUUGUCGGCCUCAACAACAACGACUACCAAAUCCAGCGUGCGACGCGGUAUGCUGAGCGUGAUGGUUUGUCGCACAAGCUCAGCUUCACCAAGGGUGACUUCAUGCAAAUGAGCUUCCCAGACAACUCCUUCGAUGCUGUCUACGCCAUCGAGGCGACUGUCCACGCUCCUGAGUUGGAGGGUGUCUACAAGGAGAUAUUCCGUGUGCUGAAGCCCGGUGGUGUGUUCGGUGUCUACGAGUGGCUCAUGACAGACGAAUAUGACAACAACAACGCUGAGCACCGCAAGAUCCGUCUUGGUAUCGAGCAGGGUGACGGUAUCUCCAACAUGGUCAAGGUUUCGGAGGGCCUUCAAGCUGUCCGCAACGCUGGUUUCGACCUCGUCCACAACGAGGAUUUGGCCGACCGUCCUGACGCGAUUCCGUGGUACUACCCUCUCGCCGGUUCUUUCAAGCACAUGACUUCCCCUUGGGACUUUUUCACCAUUGCCCGUAUGACAUGGUGGGGUCGUGGUCUUGCCCACCGUUUCGUCGGUGCCUUUGAGAAAGUCGGUCUCUUCCCUAGGGGAUCCCAAAAGACAGCCGACAGCUUGGCGCUGGCUGGUGACUGUCUCGUUGCCGGUGGUGAGAAGAAGCUUUUCACACCGAUGUACCUGAUGGUCGCUCGCAAGCCCGAGUAAAUGCCCGCCUUCUGAGCUGUACAGAUGUUCAUGUUUCGCCGGCAUCCUAUAAACGCGGCGGCUUUUUUUCUUUUCCACUUCAAUUCUGACAUCUAUCAUUUUCCUUUACUGUGUUUAUUGCCCCUAUCUUUCUGCUUGUUAUAAUAUUGCAUACCGCCUUAGGAUGUCACGUUAAUUUGCUUUUUCAUCCUCAUGUUCUCAUCCGCCCUAUGAGUUACUACUUAAUAUGUGCGGAUGAUGAUGAUAUUCGCGUUUUUCUUUUGCUGUUUUUCAAAAUAGAGAUGUAAUAGUUACUGGACCUGGAAUGAAUGGAGCGUCUUUCUUGUGUACUGUCAAACUCCGUGUAGUCUGAGUUGUGCAUUCUCAAUCACUAGUCAUAGAUCAUGUCGAUGAAUAUAUACGCCGCACACUAGGACGCCAUCUUUGUUG